GGGGCUGGGCACUGAACCCGCCCACAUGUGCACGCGCACACCAAGCGCAGCUCCCCAGGCGCGCUCGCGCGUUUUUGGCUCCUCCGCGAGUUGAGUUGAGCCAAGCAGCAGCUGGUCCAUCAACAGAGGAACCAACUGGAGGAAUUUGAACCUGCGAAGAGGCAACGAAUACUUCUACAGGCAAGCGCCAUGGCGGCUUUGACUGGAUAAAAUGGACGCGACAUGACGCACAAUGUGACCUUUGUGGUUUGGAGAGCAUUCAUGCUGGCCAAAUGGGUCAAUUUCAAAGAUUCCUUUGAAACUUGGUGACUGCCCCAGUUCCAUUGUGGAUACUCCUGUUGCUGAUUUAACGUGUGCCGCCGCCGCCGCCGCCACUGUAGCGGGAUGCCGCCGCUGCUUUUUUUCCUGCUUUUCGCCUCACUGGCCUGCAACACAAUGCAACAGCUGGACAGACAAGCAGCAGACUCCCAGCGUGUCGGUGAGGUUGCCGUGACAACCAGGCCUCUCAUCUACAAAUGCCGAUCGCCCAACAUGGAGGUGUUCACCUGCUGGUGGCAUCCGCUCAGCAACCUGACGGAGGGAGAGGAGGUGACCUACGUGCUCACCUAUUCCAAAGACAAUGAGCCCAAACACGAGUGUCCCGACUACACGAGCAGAGGUGCCAACAGCUGCUUUUUUGACAGCAGACACACGUUCAUAUGGAACAUCUACUGCAUGAACGUCACGGCCAUAACGGCACGCCAGAAUUUUACCUCACCUCAACAUUGCCUUGAUGUUGCCGACAUCGUUCAGACCGAAGCGCCGAUCAACCUAACUUACCAACUGACGGAUGCCGGCGGGGACGAGAUGGGUCACGACGUACUACUCACCUGGAUGUACCCGAGGCCCUCUGACCUCAAAUACGGCUGGAUCACGCUGGUCUACGAACUGCAGUACAGACAAGUUAGCGAGCCUGGCAAUUGGAAGGUCAAGCAGUCGCUGCGAGAGCCUCAAGUCAAGCUGCUCGGGCUUCCCAUCAACGACUACGUGCUUCGCGUACGGUGCCGCUCGCUCAACUACGGCCUGUGGAGCAAUUGGAGCCAGCCGUUGCUGAUGAGCAUUCCGAGCCGGGCGCCAGGAGCAGACAAAAUGUUGGUGUUGAUUCUGGUGACGAGCAUCAGCACGGUGGCGCUGCUGGCCAUCGCCGUGCGUGUUAUUCCGCAAUGUUCAAGAGUCAAAGACUUCUUCUGGCCACAAAUUCCAAAACCACGCAUCAUCGGCAUUGACCCGCUGCUUUUGAAGAAGGGGAACUUGGAAGAAAUCAACCGGCAUCUGAGUAAUUUCCACAGCUACUUAGCUCCCAUCUUCAUGGACACGGAUGUGUGGGAGCCAGUGAUCCCCGACAGCAUCUAUCUCACCUCGACCAAAGACUGCAGCAUCCCCAUCGAGUCCCCCAACCAGGUGACGGACACCUUCGGCGCCCCUCACGACUUGACGCCUACCGCAGCUCUUCAUCAACACGUGAGCCAGCCUCCAUCGCCGUUCAGACCAAGCCCGUACUGCACGUCUCUUCCUCAAGACUUCCCGUCGUCCCCGUGGCCCAAUAUCAUUAGCGUGCCGGAAGACAGCUACAGCAUGAUGGGGCAGCCCAUCCCACCCCCAGCCGCCCCCUUCACCAGCUGCCCCCGGCAGGAUCUCUACAGCUGCGUGCAGCUCAUGAACCACAGCGACGGGCUUCAAUUGGUGCCGUGCCCGCCGCUGGCGUAUUGCGAGCUUCCGCCACCCCCCAAGUCUAAUUUUCACGGCGACGUAGAGGAGCAAGACGAGGAGAAGCUGGCCGAGUAUCAGGCCUAAUAGAAAGAUGCCAAAGAGAGCUGAGCAAGAUGUGCAGAAGAGCAGAAGAUAUUUGUCUUGUUUUUGUGAACCACUUGACUUUGUCAGAUUCUAAGAAGAAUCUUCGAGCGCAAAUGGUGGAAAGGGUUUGAAUGGAGUCCUGCAUGUUGCGUGGAGCCUGUUCCAUCAUGAUUAUGGUGGAAACCCAAUGACAAAAAUGAAGCGCCACAAGCAUGUGGAAUGAAAAAAAUGGCAAGACGCUGGGAGCAGGAAGCAUUCAUGACCCCCCCCCGAC